AUGCCUCGAUUGGAAUUUCCCACGGGAAGGAUGAAAUUUAAAUUUGAUAAAACCUGUCCCUUCUAUGCUUCGGAUCGAAAGAUCUUUAUAUCACAAACCACCCAACAAUUUACAGAAUUAUUUGAACGUUUCAAUUAUGUCCUUAUCGUGAAAAUUGCAGGAGUGGAAACGACUACAUUGCAAGAAAUAAGAAGAGCCUUGUCCAAUCAAGAUUCCGACUUGUUUUCCGAGCUGUAUAUUGCAAAACAUUCUCUGACUCGUGUAGCCAUUGAUGGAAUCAUAGAGAACUUGGAAAAGAAAUAUCAAUGUAGUGCCAAGUCCUCAUCAAGAGAUCAAGAGCUGAUCAAGGCUCUGAAGCAAUUUAAAGAACUACUGGUUGGAGAAAUUGGAUUAUUAUUUACAAAUUGCGAGGAUUAUUCCACGUUGAAGAAUGUCUUUUUGCAACAUACAUCUUUCAAAACAGCCAAAGUUGGAUCCAUUGUAAAAGAAAAUGUAUAUUUUGAAGGACGAACGGGUCUGACACCACACAUGAUCACCAUUUUUCAUUGUUGCAACGUUGUUACAAGAAUUCGAAUGGGACGAAUUGAUUUCCCAUACAAACAGCGAAUACUAGCAGCUGGAGAAGUAAUCUCAAAAGAUAAGGUCAUCAUGUUGAAUGCCUUAAAUUUGAAAGUGAUUCAAGAACGAGUGGAGCCCGUGUAUGUAUUCAGCAAAACGGAUGCCUGUGUGGUUCCAGAUGAAGUGUUGGAUCGUGAUUAUUUUGAGAAUUGUGUAGAGGCGGCCAAUCACCUGACAGCUUUGUCAAAGGAAUGUUCACUUGUGAAUGAGCUGACAGUCAUGGCCGAAAUCAAGAAAGGGAUAUGGGAUUUGCUUGCACUGGAUACUGAAACAAUGUGUGAAAUGCGUUAUGGAAUACGAGUGGUGCAACCACAACCAAUCCUUAAUGACAAUGACGAGGUUCGCUUUAGCGACUCGACAACCGAUGAUGAUGACAUGGAUAUUUUUGGAAUAUUUGCUUAA